UCCUCACUUUUUGAGUUUCAUUCGUGUGCUCUUCAAGCACCAGUUCCUCGGCGUUUCCUCAAGAAAGCUGAGCUGGUCACGAUCUUACUCCUCACCUGGGUGUUGGCCAGUUGGUUUGUUUAGACCCGACCAUGGCUCGGCUACUGCUGGCCUUGUCGCUGAUCACGGUGGCCCUAGGCAUGGCUCUAGGUAGGGAUCAAACUGAAACGUUGCCUCGCUCGGACUUGGCUGUACCGACCAUGCGAAUCCUCUACUGCUACUCCUGAGGGUACCGCAACGCCUUCCAGCAGGUGACUCAGGCGCUCAAGCAGCGCUUUCCUGAGCUACAGGUGGAGGGUGGCAACUUUCCGCCGUCGCAGACCAACACGAUGAUUGCGACGGCGCUUUCUUACGGCAAGCUGCUGGCCAUUGCAGCGCUGAUCAUUGCCGAUGCCAGGGUGCCGGCAGGAGAGGGCCCCGAGUGGUUCGACUGGAUGAGGACGAACAAGCUGUCAUCCGUACUGAUCACGUUCUUUGCUUGCAACGCCAUCGAGCAGCAACUGUUAGCGACGGGUGCUUUCGAAGUGUCCUUGAACGGACAUGAUGUGUUCUCCAAGCUACAGUCUGGCCGCCUGCCUUCUCUUGAGGAGAUGGUUUCUUUCGUCAACAUGGCCAAGCGUUACGAGUCGCAGUAAAGGAAGGUGUCGCUGGCGUGUACCGUCGUGCUACCAACGCCGUGCUCGUGACGACGCGAGGUUCAACCGCUCCCGUCCUGGGUGGCACUUCGCGUCCGAUAUCCCCCCACGCUCUGUUGUUCGUGGGACGGCAAGUAGCACACGGUGCAGCUUCAGACCUCCUCACCUUUUCACUGUGUCCCAUCUAUCAUAAGUUAUACCCGCAUGACUGCAGGCUGUGCAUGCUUUACAAGCCACUAGCUUAUAAACCAUUAUCCACCGUAUACUCCUUCUCGCUGCAUCUCGAAAUUGCACUCUAAUAGAUUUCUAUAAACAAAUUCGUAUGUACAGAAAGCUUCUUCCGAGAAAACCAUGCGUUCGGCACGUCUUUUUUUAGUUUCUUUUCUGCACGCGCCUGCAUGUUGCGCAACAUUUCGUGUUUCUCCCGGACGAACAUCUAAGGUUUCUGCUGCACAAUCACGAGCCUUUUGGUGACAAGUGGCUUUUGAUGUGGGGUUUUUUUCUAGACUUAUGGCCAGCACCUGCUGUCAGGAUAUUUUUUGUGUUUUUUUAUUUAUUUAUAUCAUGGCGGUGAUAAGAUCAUAUUUCAACGUUC